CGAGACAAUCGAAGCCCAGAAUCCCGCCAGUCGCCGACGUACACGCACGAAGCGCGCUCGCGCGAAGUAGUGACAAAAAUCCAGUGUAAUUAACUAAAUUCGAGUGUUUUCUGUGUGGAUUGACUUUUAAUAGAUUCAUUAUAAUGGCAGCGUACCACUUUAUGGGUUUGAUCAUCGUCGCUACAUUAGGUUUUAAAUCAUGUUAUAGUCAGACCACACAAAACACGCCUGCCAGCCUUUUAAAAGAAGUGGAAGACAACAGUCGGUAUAAAACAUUAGAAGCAAAUGCGACUCUUCUGAAACUCCUAGUCGACGACAAAGAUGGAGUUAGCAAAUCGGAAGUAUUCGACAUGCUACAUUCAAGAGAUGACAACACGGACCACAUGGACCUUCCAACGUUUCCAGAAGACGCAGAGGAGGGCAAAGUGGAUGUACCUCUUACGCCGGACUCGCAAGCUGAAUUCUUACAAGCGGAACACUCAGUUCGCAAGGACUCGGAAAAUGCACGCUACACAGGCGAGCCAGUGGGCGCUGCAGCAGGCAUCAUGGUGCUGGUCACUUGCAGUAUCGUGUGCCUGGCCUACACCGGGCUUAUUGUGUGGAGACGGAUAUAUUUGAAGAGGAAUGGCCUGAAGCACGAGCUUUUACGGAACGAGGAAAUAAUAGCCGAAACUAGAAUAGAGUUGUGAAAAACAAGAUCUGGACAAUGAGAGCAACGCUUUCUUGUUUAAGGCAGUUACGACUGUAAACUAUAUAUGUAAAUAUUAAGACUGAUUUUAGGAGAUUUAGAUAUUUUUGCUACAGUUUAGGUACGCGAUGUUUGUUGAAUAAGCUUUCUUGUACGGAAACGUAUUUUAUGAGUUUUUUAUUUCUUCGUUUGUUGCUUUUAAAUUUUUAAUAACGUCGAUUUGAUAAAAAUGUACCAAUAUUUAAAUUUAUUAGAAUCAAAAUUAUCUUCAAAUAUGUGCCAUAUGUACAUAACAAUACAUAAGCAAACGAAUGUGUAUGAUGUUAUUAAACAUUAGAAAUAUUACCUAUUUAUUUAUAAAUUUAAAUAAAGUCAAAAUAUGUCUGUGAUUUGAUAUUAAUGAAGUGUAUGUGAAUGAAAUAAUAAUGGUAAUAUUUAAAAUAAAAAAUGAAAAACA